CGAGGUUCACUUUUUCCUUCUUGGAUUUAACUUUGCAUUUUGUUUCGUAGGUUCUUUGGGAUUCGCCGGUCGGACCGCCGAAAUGUUUUCAUCUCACAGUGACUUGUUAACAAAGACCCAAAUCAGACAAAUGACUCGAGACGAACUGGUCAUCGUGGUUCUGGAGUGGUUGAAAAAGUUUAGGGAAAGAGCUGGAAUACUGAUUAAGGAGAGCACAAGGCAGCAGGACUUGGAAAAUGCUCAGAAACAAAUUGGGCUUUUACAGGAGAAAAUCGAAUCACUCACCAAAGAGCUAAACUGGUCUCUCAAGCACAACAAAUUCCUGGAAUGUGAGCAAAUCCCAAAGUUAAAGCAAGAGAUAGAGCAUCGCGGAUCGCACAGGACUCAGCUGUUGUCUGACUUGAAGCAAUACAAAAAUAAAGUCAAAGACCUUCAAAACGAUUUGAAGAAAGUCAUAAGGGAGUCAAAGCUGCAGACCGAGAAGAUCCUGGGAGAAAAAGAGCGUGUGAUGCAACGAAUCCCAACAUGCAACAUGAAGAUUGAAAAGUAUCAAAACGAAGUGAAGAAACUUGAGCUUGAAAUUACCCGAAAGAAUAACGAAAUUGGCAUGAAGAACGCUGACAUUUUAAAAGAAAAAGAGAAGGCCAGACUUCUGGAGAGCAAGAUAAGAUCUCUGGAAAUACAGCUGAAAGAGGCAAUGAAGGAAAAUAAGAAUUUUGAAAAGAAACUGUCGAAAACCCCAAAGGAGGAAGCCAUAGAGAAAACGAAGCAAGAGUUUAAAGCGAGGAUCAGUGUAACUUCAGGCGUGUUGGCUGAGGAAAAAGAGCGAAACAGGACAUUAGUGAAACGUCUGAUGACAAAAGAUCAGCAGGUGAGUAAACUCUUGGAGAAACAGGCUAAACAGGAGAGAGAGUCUGUGGUUGUGAAAAAGAGUUUUGACCAUACAGUGUAUGAUUUUAUUAUAAAAGACCUGAAGGAAAAAAAUGAAUCCUUAAAUGGUCAAAUAAAGGCAAUAACAGAACAAAGGAAGAGGGAUCAACACCACAUCAAGGAACUCACCGACCAAAUAGUGAAGAUGAGAGAACUGUACGUCAUUGACAGGAUGCAACACCAGAAAUUCAAGGAAUCCAUAGAGCGCAAAAAGGCUAUGGAAGAAGAUUAUAUUGCUUUGGAAGGACAUAAAGACAAAAACAAAGAAACCCAAUUUGCAACCGAAGAGUUGUGAUUCUGGGUGAAGGCAAGUUACAGCCAGACUUUAAAGAAGACUUCACAACUCAAGGACAGUUAAGGGGUAAACCUCCACCCUCUAGCAAAAGGAAGCCUGAGAUGCAACCUUUUAAACCAGCAAGCGGAAAAACAAACAGCAGGCAACAUGGUGGCAGGGGAGCCGCCACAGACGAGAACGGUAAGUAUCCCAUAUUGGGGAUUAAAGGCAACAAUAUAAAGAUGUGUCUGUGAGCAUAACACAAUAGAGACGUGUACAAUGUCCUCCAGCCCUAGUCUCUCUAUCUUCUUUAUUUUUACAAGAUAGACAAAAAGAAUGGUCAUAUUGUAGGAUGACCAUUCUCUGUAAGCUGGAGUGUCUUCUUGUUAAAAGAGAGACUGUUAAGUCAAUGACGAAACUGGAUGGAUGGAUGGAUGGAUGGAUGGAUGGAUGGAUGGAUGGAUGGAUGGAUGGAUGGAUGGAUGGAAGGAAGGAAGGAAGGAAGGAAGGAAGGAAGGAAGGAAGGAACAGAUGGAAGGAAGGAAGUAUGGAUGGAAGGAGAAAGGAUGGAUGGAUGGACAGAUGGAAGUAUGGAUGAUUGGAUGGAUGGAUGGUGAGAGAAAGGUGAGACACAAACCACCAAUAAAACACUCGAACUUCAACCAUCCAUUGACACAAAUACCCUGCUGACAACCCAAAGAAACCCAAUUUGCAACUGAAGAGUUGUGAUUCUGGGUGAAGGCAAAUUACAGCCAGACUUUAAAGAAGACUUCACAACUCAAGGGCAGUUAAGGGGUAAGCCUCCGCCCUCUAGCAAAAAAGGAAGCCUGAAAAGCAACCUUUUAAACUAGCAAGCGGAAAAACAAACAGCAGGCAACAUGGUGGCAGGGGAGCCGCCACAGAUGGGAACGAUAAGUAUCUCAUAUUGGGGAUUAAAGGCAACAAUAUAAAAAUGUGUCUGUGAACAUAACACAAUAGAGACGUGUACAAUGUCCUCCAGCCCUAGUCUCUCUAUCUUCUUUAUUUUUACAAGAUAGACAAAAAGAAUGGUCAUACUAUAGGAUGACCAUUCUCUGUAAGCUGGAGUGUCUUCUUGUUAAAAGAGAGACUGUUAAGUCAAUGACUCAAUGACUCAAUGACUCAACUGGAUAGAAGGAUAGAUAGAUGAAUGGAUGGAGGACGGAAGGAAGGAAGGUAGGAAUAAAGGACGAAAGAAAGGAAAAACGGAAGGAAGGAAGUAUGGAUGGAAGGAGAAAGGAUGGAUGAAUGGUUGGAUGGUUGGACGGACGGACAGACGGAAGGAAGGUAGGAUGGAAGGAAGGAAGGAUGGAUGGAUAGAUGGAUGGAUGGUUGGACGGAUGGAAGGACUGAAAAAGGAAGUAUGGAUGGAAGGAUGGUUGGAUGGAGGCACGGACGGACUGACGGACAGAAGAAAGGAAGGAAGGAAAAAGGAUGGAUGGUUGGAAGGAAGGAAAAUAGGAAGGAUGGAUGGACGGACUGACGGACAGAAGAAAGGAAGGAAGGAAAAAUGGAAGAAUGGUUGGAUGGAUGGAUGGAUGGAUGGACUGACGGACAGAAGAAAGGAAGGAAGUAAAAAAGGAUGGAUGGUUGGAUGGAUGGCAGGAAGGUAGGAAGAAAGGAAGGAUGGAUGAAUGGUUGGAAGGACGGACGGAAGGAAGGACUGAAAAGGGAAGUAUGAAUGGAAGGUUGGAUGAACAGAUGGAGAGAAGAAAGGAAGGAAGGAAAAAAGGAUGAAUGGUUGGACGGACGAAUGGAAGGACUGAAAAAUGAAGUAUGGAUGGAUGGAUGGAUGGAUGGAUGGAUGGAUGGAUGGAUGGAUGGAUGGAUGGACGGACUGACAGAUAGAAGAAAGGAAGAAAGGAAAAAAGAAUGGAUGGUUGGAAGGAAGGAAGGUAGGAAAGAUGGAUGUUUGGAUGGACGCAUGGACGAACAGAAGGAAGGAAGGUAGAAAUAAACGAUAGUAGUAAGGAAAGGUGGAAAGACGGAAGGAAAGACGUACAAACAGACGGAAGGAAGAAAGGAUGGACGGAUGGAUGGACGGACAGACGAACAGAAGAAAGGAAGGAAGGAUGGAUAGAAGGACGGAUGGACGGACGGACAGAAAGAAGGAACGAAGGAAGGAUGCAUGGAUGGAUGGACGGACAGACGGACACAACGAAGGAAGGAAGGAAGGAAUGUAGGAAUAAAGGCAGGAAGUAAGGAAAGACUGAAGGACGGACGAAUGGACGGAAGGAGAAAGGAUGGAUUGAUGGUUGGACGGAUGGACAGACGUACGCAUGGACAGAAGGAAUAAAGGAAAGCAGUAGGGAAAGAUGGAAAGACAGAAGGAAGGACGGACAGACGGAAGGAAGGAAGGACGGACGGAUGGAUGGACAGACCGACGUACAGAAGGUCAGAAGGUAGGUAGGUAGGCAGGCAUGUAGGAAGGGAAGAAAGAAGGAAGGUAGGGACAGAAGGAAGGAAGGAGAAGAAGGAAAGAAGGAAGGACAUUUGGACGUAUGUUAAGAGGUAGGGGACAUUACAAAAAUAAGGAAAAGAUGGUCGAGAGAG